GAACAGUAGCCCAGUGAGCGACGCGCGGCUCUCAUUGUGAUUGGUUCGAGGGACAUUUUUGGGCAAGUCUCUGCAUUGUUUUGUAAAGAACUGAAAAUGGCGGCUUUCUUCGGAUGUUAAACCUGCUUCAUUACAAGAACUGGAUUGUAUACUCUCGGAAUAUAAAUUGUUAGGCGUUUUAAACAACAAAAUAGAAUUUAAUCUUUUAAAAAACGGGGGCACGGAAUUAAGUUUAGUGCUUAUUACGCGAUGUAGUUACUAGUUUUUUUUCUUUUUGAGGCUCGGAAGACUCACUUUAACCGUGAGCUGUUUAUUUUUACUUGUAUAUUGUUGUCACUAAUGUAGAUUUUAAAUGAACUGAGCAGCUUUUAAGAAGGUUCGGUGGAGCUCCAUUAUGUGUGACAACUAUCGAAUAUAUUCCAUUAAACUAUGUGGUUAGCGCGGAUUUAACCAGUGAGUUUAUGUUUGCAUUCCGUUACCUCUGAGAAUGGAUGAAUUCCAGCCCCGGUAUAGCACCAGAUUGCGAGCGGGAACCCGACGUCGUUACCACGAUGAUGGCAUUUCAGACGAGGAGAUCGAUGGAAGGAGAAUGUUUGACUUGGAAGAAAAGGUCACCAGUCAGAGGUUUGGUUCGGAGAAAAUUCAGCGCAUGGAGGGUAAAGACUUUUCUUAUGAGUAUGUUCAGAGGGGAGGCCUGAGGGAACCCAUUGUUUUUGAGAAGCCUGCAGGUCUGGGACUCAGGAUGCCCGACUUGGACUUCAGUGUCAACGAUGUAAAGCUGUUUGUAGGUAGCAGACGUAUGAUUGACGUGAUGGAUGUGAGCACCCAAAAGGGCACCGAGAUGUCCAUGGCCCAGUGGACGCGGUACUAUGAGACCCCUCCAUCCCAGAGAGAUAAACUGUAUAAUGUCAUCAGUCUGGAGUUCAGCCACACCAAGCUGGACAGCCUCGUCCAGAGACCUAACACUGUGGAUCUUAUUGACUGGGUGGACAAUAUGUGGCCUCGUCAUCUAAAAGAGAGGCAGAGAGACUCUACAAACUCCAUCAACGAUAUGCAGUAUCCCAAAGUUCAAAAGUACUGUCUGAUGAGCGUCCAGGGCUGCUACACUGACUUCCACAUUGAUUUUGGGGGCACCUCAGUCUGGUACCACAUAUUAAGGGGGAGCAAGGUGUUUUGGCUGAUCCCGCCCACCCAUCCCAACUUGGAGCUGUAUGAGAACUGGGUCUUGUCCGGGAAGCAGGGAGACAUCUUUUUGGGGGACCGGGCAUCAGAUUGUCAGAGGAUCGAGCUGAAACAGGGCUGGACCUUCAUCAUUCCGUCAGGUUGGAUUCAUGCCGUCUAUACUCCAGUGGAUUCCAUGGUGUUUGGAGGAAACUUUUUGCACAGCUUUAACAUUCCCAUGCAGCUGAACAUUUGCAGCAUCGAGGACAGAACACGGGUUCCAGUCAAGUUCCGCUAUCCCUUCUUUUAUGAAAUGUGCUGGUACGUGUUGGAACGUUACGUCUACAGCCUGACUCGGACUUCCUACCUCACACCCGAGUUUCAGAAACACUCCCUGAGCAUUGGUCUCAAGAAGAGCCCAUCUGGAUCAAGUGAACAGGAGCCGAGUGGCAGCAAGGACCAGGAAUCGUUGGGAAACAGCAAAUUUCUCUUGACUCCUUUGGAGUUGGAGGGAUUGUGGAACCUCCUGGGUAAACUAGAGACACUCCCCUCCAACAAGAAGUGCAUUCCAGCUGGGAUUCAGAAUGCGUCUGCGCUCGUUACUCACAUCAAGAUGCUGCUAAACGAACAUGCCAGUGAUGACCCUAAUUUGUCCUACACGGGAAAGCCAAUCAUCACCUGGCCAAAGAGGCCCUCGUGGUAUCAGCCCCCACCUGCUCCAUCUCCGCCCAUUCGGCCCAAACUGGCCUCUACCCCCAUCAUCCAGAGACCACAGAAGCCGGCGUCCUCCAUGUCUGUGCUGAGGCGACGCAGAGUCAGGUGUAAGCGCUGUGAGGCCUGCAUGAGGACCGAAUGUGGAGACUGCAACUUCUGCAGAGACAUGAAGAAGUUUGGAGGUCCGGGGAAGCUGAAGCAGACCUGUGUGCUGCGACAGUGUCUGUCUCCGGGCCUGCCUUUGUCUGCAGUUUGUGAGAUCUGCAAGGAGCCCAACCAGGAGGAGGCUGGAGACCCGGCCCUCACCCUGAUGGAAUGCUCCAACUGUGCACAGAUCGUCCAUCCUGCCUGCCUCACGAUCCAGGGUGAAGGAGUGGUAAACAGAGACCUGCCCAGUUGCUGGGAAUGUCCAAAGUGUGUCCAGGGGAUCACUGAGCAGGAGUGUAAGGAAGAGAGGAGCGAUGGUAUUUUAGGGAAGAGAAAAGCUUCCUCCCUGCUGGACGCUCGUAUGGCCAAGAUUUACAGACAGCAACUGCACAGCCGUGACGGCGAAGACUCGGCCAGCGACGACGACGAUGACCCAUCUCAAAGGAGGAGGAUGAUGCUGUCUACUCACGGUGGAAGCCAGUCCUCCAGAAGGGCCUUCGGAGGCUACAAGAGAGGCCUGCUGAGAGGAGGCUCCUCCCACAGAGGCGGCAGAGGAUUGGCCGGCUCCAGCAACCUCCUCAAACUCAGGAGAGGAGCAGGCGGGAGGGAGAUGGGGCGCAGGGGGAGAGGGGUGAGGCUACGAGGAGGUUCUAGGAUGCAGCGCAGAGGGGAUGAUUCCGACGAAUCCGAAGAAGAUGAUGAAGACGACGAGGAUGAUGACGAUGAAGAGGAGGAAGAAGAAGAAGAGGAGGAGGAAGAGGAAGAUGUUGACAGUGAAGAAAACAAAGAACGAGUUCACCGUCAUCACAGGAGGCGACGAAGGACGGACUAUGAGGACGACGAAGACGAUGACAGUGAAGGACAGGACUUUGAUCCGGAGGACGACGAGAUGGACACCGUGGAAGAUGAAGACAGGGACGAGGAGGGAGAUGAAGACCGCUGGGAUUCAGACCCAGAGCCGCCUGUCCUCCUCGUGUCUGACCUGAACGAUGAGCUGCUCAAUGGCUCCUACCUGACCGUCACCCUGCAGCAGCCGCACAAGACCAAGAAGCAUUCUGGUUCCAUUGUUCCAAAGCUGGAAGCAGCUCUGGGUCUGCGAACGUCGGCUGGAUCGCAGCAGAGCUUCAUACAGAGGAAAGCUGCUCUGUCGAAACCGCUGCGGCUCAGAGCGGAUAGCCCCGCCCCGAGAGGACCCGGCAGGCCCCGUCUACGUGGUCUCCAAAGAGACAAAGCCGUUUGCUCUCAGUGGGCCUCCUCUUCAGAGGAGGAGGACGCCCCGGCUCAGUCCACCCUGUCCUCCUCCUCUCUGCUAUCUCUGCCAUCAUUCAAAGACGUCGGCAGUGAGAAAGGAGGCGAGAAGGAGGUCUGGCUGUCUGUGUUCAUGUACCUGAGCAGAGCUGAGCUGCUGGCCUGCAUGACCGUCUGCAAGGCCUGGUACAAAUGGACUUGUGACAAACGCCUGUGGAACCACAUCGACGUGAGUCGCUGUAGCCCACUCAGUAACCAGGCCUUGGCCGGCAUAGUCAAACGCCAGCCGACUUCUUUGGAUCUCUCUUGGACGCCUAUGGCCAGGAGGCAGCUGAAUUGCUUGCUCACCCGGUUACCAGGUCUGCGAGAGCUGAGGCUGGCGGGUCUGCCGUGGUCCUGUCUUUCAGCUCUGGUAUCACCCACUCUUCCCCAGCUGAGACUGCUGGACCUUCGCUGGUGUGACGGGAUCAAAGAUUCUCAAAUGAAAGAAAUCAUCACGCCUCCCGGUCUGGAGUCGUCCCGGAGCAGGCUGAGGAACAUUGAGACGCUGCGACUCUCUGGCCUGGAUGUCAGCGAGUCCACACUCAGGCUGCUGCAGCGCCACACGCCCCAGCUCCAAAGGCUGGACCUGGCCCACUGCAGGGACAUAACGGACUCCUGCAUCACCAUGCUGGCAGCUGCUGGCAGCCAUAGCCGCCAUAAUCUCACCGAACUCACACUGGCAGGUUGUAACCAGCUGACUGAUGGCUGUCUGUCUUCUCUGAAGCGACUCUCCUCUCUCGUGCUGCUAGACCUCCGGGGCUGUCAGGGCGUCAGCAGGCGUGCCUGUGACGUCUUCAUCUCUGACCUGUCUCAUAUUGCCCUUUACUGCAUGAUGGAAGAGAAGCUCAUUCAGCGCCUGGACUGACGACAGCGCCAGAAAAGCAUCAAAUGCAGAGAAUGCUUCCUUUGUGGGAAGUUAACAAAGCUCAUCAUUACAGGGAAAGUAGAUGGGACUUGAUUCUGCCGCACCUGAACAGAAGUUACUUUGUCAUUGUUGUGUGUUUUUGCAUUGUGGAUCCAUGGUGGAGAAAUAAAAAUAUUUGUACGAUA